GAGGUGAUGAGGUGGCUGAAUUGUUAAUAUUUGUUAAAAAUCGUUUCUGUAAAUUUGAUCCAGUUUUUCUUUUGCAGUUUGCGUGAAGUUUGUAUGCAAUUUGGUUCAAAGUCCUCUACUUCAAGAACCAAAAUCUGUAUAUAAUUUGUAAAAUUAUCGAUUUAAAAUGUUGUUAUCAACUCGAAGGGGAUGUGGAUUUAAUUCGGUGAAAUUAUCGUUACGUGUCAUCAUUGUGUUAUGUAUUCUAUUGAUUUAUGUUAGUAGUCGAAUCUUGCUGUCUUCAUUCUCAUCAGCUUUGCCUGAUAAAAUUGAGCCAAACUUCAGAAUCGACAAUUCCUAUCAAAAAUACAAUCAUCAACAUGAUAAUGCAGACGAUAUUAUUGAUAAUAUUAUUGCCAACGACCGUAACAUUGUGGAUAUUUUGGAAUAUAAUGAGAGCAUGAGUACAAAUUAUACCGCGCAAAUCUCGCAGUAUCAAUCCGAAUCAGGAACCACGGUUACAAAUACCACAACCGCCGCACCUACUAAAAAGCCUCCAAGCAUGGAAGACAUGAUUAUUGAUACACAACGACAGAAAAUUGCAGCAGAAAUGAAUGAUUUCAAUUUUACUGAAGAAAUGAUUGGUCUGUCUUCCCUAACACCAGAAACUAAUGGACGGCAAAUUCAUAAUAUCAUUAUAUCGACAUGGAGAUCUGGUUCUACGUUUCUUGGUGACAUUUUGAAUGCAAUACCCGGCACUUUUUACCAUUUUGAGCCAUUAGCGCACUUUUUGACAGCUCAGAUUCGUGGCCCACCUAAAUCAACUGACGCAAUUAAUACAAUCAGUGAAUUGUUGAAGUGUAACUAUACCGGACUUCAACAAUAUCUCAGACAUUCAAAAGAAUCAGGUAAUCAAUUCCUCCGUGCUCACACGGUACCACUGUGGAAUAGCUGCAAACCGCACGAGAAUUUAUGCUGGGAUCCAAACUUUCUAAAUUCAUUCUGUCGCCUGUUUCCGAUUCAAACAAUGAAAAUAGUACGAUUACGUGCCGCAUUUGCAGAGUCUCUUUUUAAAGAUCCAGCAUUAAAUGUGAAGGUUGUGUUAUUGAUUCGUGAUCCUAGAGGAACAAUGGCAUCACGUAAGCCUCAUUCCUGGUGCGACAGGCCAGACUGUAAUACUUCUGCAGAGUUAUGUAAAGACCUGGUAGACGAUUUUAAAUCGGCGAAAAUCUUAAUAAACAAAUAUCCAUCACAGUUUAAAGCAAUACGAUACGAAGAUUUAUCAUUGAAUCCAUUCAAUAUGACAAAAGAAAUUUUUAACUUUUACGGAAUGCCAUUCGAUCAGAAUAUUGAUAAUUAUUUGGAUUUACAUACACGUACAAGAGAUGGUGGCGACUAUUCAACAUUUCGAGACUCAAAAACAGUACCAUUUCUUUGGACGCGCAGUUCUACUUGGGCCGAAGUGCAACGAAUCCAAAGUUACUGUGCCAAAGCAAUGUCAGUAUGGGGCUAUAAAUUGAUCGACAAUAAAAAAGAACUAAAUUCCACAAUGUUUAAUCCCUUACUACAAAAUCCAUUUGCAUACGACGCUGAUUUUGCUGCUACAUAAUUUUAUCUUUUUGUAUUAUAAUUUAUUCUUUUAUUUUUAAAAUGUUCAUUUAAGUUUUCAAUUUAAAAAAAAAAACGUAUACACAUUUUUAUCAUAGAUAUGCUCUAGACGAAAGGUGGUGUUAGAUGGAAUUGUUGUUGUUUAUUAAAAUUAUUUUAAUCUUGACGUAUUCAACUAUCAAGGUUAAAAUCAAAGGGCAAGCGCAAUUUGGACAUAUACUUAUAACACCAUCUACGUAAAACACGCUGCCUACAAUGUAAAUCAAACGUAUAUCUGUUUCUCCUUCUUCUUCAUCUCCUUCCCCUCGCUAUACUUUUACAUUGUAGUAAGCCUGUUUUACACAGAUGGUGUUUUUCUGUAAGAUAUGCGACGUCACAAUACAAUCAUAUUGACUGCGCUCAUCUCUCGGUUAAAAUCGAAAUUCAAAUUUGUUUGUAUUUUUAACUAAUUGUUGUUGAGUCAAAGAAAAACAAAUAAA